AUGGGGCUAUACGCGUAAUGUAUAGCCAGAAUCUGGGACCGUUUGGGACGUUCCAUGGAACGGUCAACACAACACGAGACGAAGGUGUAACGGGGGCUAUACCAGUGUUUAAAACAGCAGCAGGGUUCGCAUCAGGUGGCGUGAAGUCUACAAGCCUACGUUUAGGCGCGUUGCGUUGGGGUGCGUUACGGGAGGCCCAGUCGACAUCGCCUGGGCGCGAGCUUAGUGGUGUGGUGGUAGUGGUGAUAUUUUCAGUGCUCGGAAUAUUCAGAGUAGUGUUGGUUGCAUACGUGUUUUGCGUUUUCAUAGAUGUUUCCGAUUUUAGGUCCAUGAGUGUAAUUGACAACUCUUCCAAGAAGGCACCUUUCCCACGGCGGCGAGCAUCCAUGCAACUAGGACACAACCAGAGCGAAUGGGAAUCAACCCGCUUCAACUCCAGUACUGCAGCUUCACUAAUAUCCAGGAGCAGAGCAGGAUGGACACACUUCCGACAUAGUUGGUAACACACUAAUACAGGCUCACUCGAUCCGACGAUAAGCAGCAACAA